CAUUGACCUAGAUUGACGCCGAUUGUGUACAAGUUCAAUUCAGCGACACCAAAAUAGUUGCUGCAUCAGAAGGAAGAUGAAGGUCCUGUGUGUUGUUGCUGUGUUGGUGGUUUUCGUGGGGUCAGCUGUAACACAGAACGUUACAGUAAACUGCGAAAGUGGGAAAUAUCCUCCUGACCCCAAGACCAAAGUUGACACCUAUGUGAUCAAUCUUGACCUGUUACCUUCCCAGAGAUGGACGGAGCUGGCAAAAGCCAAGGGGCCGCAGAUGAAAUACCUCGUUGAUGGAUUUAAAGAUUUUUUGAUUGAUUUUGGAUCGAUCGGCCGAGACAUCGUCAAUAUCCUUGAGUCAAAAGGUGGUGAUUUAGAUGUAACUUUACCAGACCCUUUUGCUGAGGAAAUUAAAGGAAUUGCUCUAGCUGCGAACAUGAACCUUGGAGAGAUAAUAUUGUACAAUUUGUUCUACGAGUUCUCUGCUCUUUGCACUUCUAUUGUGACCGAAGACCCUUCAGGGACACUUUAUCAUGCGAGAAAUUUGGACUUUGGGAUUUUCUUCGGUUGGGAUACGCAAAACAAAUCGUGGGUUGUGACUGAGAGAUUACGUCCCUUGAUAAUUAACUUGGACUGGCAAAAGGGAGGGAAGACCGUCUUUAAGUCUGUCAAUUUUGCCGGCUACACGGGUGUUCUAACAGCCGUCAAACCGAAACUAUUUACCCUGUCAAUUAACGAGCGUGCAAGUUCAGAAAGUGGAAUAGUUGGUAUCUUAAAAUGGAUUCUGGGAUACCGGAACGAAACUUGGCUGGGGUUCUUGACCAGGAGGGUCAUGGAGAACGCCACAAGCUACGGACAAGCCAAGGUGAUGCUGGAGGACACCGUUAUGUUGGCGUCUGCUUACUUCAUCCUAGGGGGGAAUCAGUCUGGAGAGGGCUGUGUGAUCACCAGGGCUAGCAACAAAAACCUGGACACCUGGACCAUGAGGAACGCCUCUGGGUGGUACGUGUUAGAGACCAACUACGACCACUGGAAGACGCCCCUGGUCGUUGAUGACCGGCGUGACGCCGCCCACAAGUGUAUGGACAAGACUGGCCAGGCCGGUAUUGGAUUUUCUGGACUAUUCAACGUUCUUUCAACUCAACCAGUCUUAAACAAGGGAACAACUUACACAGCACUGAUGCAAGUGAGUAGCGGAAGUCUAGAGACGUACAUCCAAAACUGUCCUGACCCUUGCGCACCGUGGUGACCUUUGACACCAACAUGGCGAUGUGCAUAGACUUGUCAUAAAAUAAACGUGAUUGCUGAUAACCA